CCUCCCUGUCUCUGUGCUCUUGCUCUGAGUCUCGUGAAGUCCAAGUCGUCGCAGGUUGGUCGGAAGAAAAAUCGGAUUUUCCGCCUGUUCGCGAGCUCCGAAUUGCUGAACCGUGGUCGCGUUCGACGGUGUAAGAUAUUUCGAACGGCUACGGAGAAGGAGAAAACAGCAAUCACCCGAGAGCACAACCUUUUGCGACAACGACUGACUACGGGCAAAAACAAACGGCAAUCAACAGCAGCAGAGGAGCAGCACUGCUCUGAAGGCAGCACACCGCGUGUGUGUUUGCGUGCGUGCGUGAGAGCGUGUGAGUGUGCAGAGAGUGCGCGCGCUCUUGGUGGAGACGCCUCAUGCGUCACGCUGCUCGUGCUGGUGGUCGUUGUCACUCACUCAACAAAAAAAACCGGAGAACCAACAGCAACAACAGAGAAGCAAAGUGUGAACAGUGAUAAGUGUAUGUGUGUCGUCCGUUGAAAGUGUUUGUGUGACCGUGAAAGAGAAUAUCGAAGAGAAGAGAGAGGGAAAGAGAGUUAGCACGAAGAGAGUGCUCGUACUAGUAGUUAGUACUACCACCAUUACUACCUAGUGUUAGUAGACACACAUUCUAGUGUUUCGUCGUACAAAAAACCCCACAACUCACCUGGAAUAGAAACAACAACAAUAAUAAUUAGACGGUGCGCCUGUGAGAAUCACGUUCGUGGAAACAACAACACAAAGAGCUCGGAACGAAAUCGACGACGACGACGCUGAACCGGACACAGGAAGUCGCAGCGGAAGCCACGAAGACGAACACGACGGCGGCGGCGGAUUCGGUCAAACAAUCGCACCUCAGCUAGACUGGCUCGGAACGGUGAAGCACGGGGGGCAGAGUCUCCCGAUACGUCACCGGAAGGCGGAGCCACCUGCUGGUGGGCGCCCUGGUCAGCGAUGGGUUGCUUCGGAUCGGCCGGAUCGAAACAGUCGGACUCGAACAGCUCCGAGGACACCAAGAGCCAGAAGCGGCGGAGCGAUGCCAUCACGCGGCAGCUGCAGAAAGAUAAACAGGUUUACAGAGCCACCCAUAGACUGCUACUGUUGGGCGCCGGUGAAUCCGGCAAAUCAACAAUCGUAAAACAAAUGAGAAUAUUGCAUGUCAACGGAUUUUCCGACACCGAGAGGAAACAGAAAAUAGAGGACAUCAAAAAGAAUAUCCGAGAUGCCAUACUGACAAUUACUGGUGCAAUGAGCACACUAACACCCCCUAUUCCAUUGGAGAAGCCAGAUAACCAGGCCAGAGUGGACUACAUUCAAGAUUACGCAUCCGGUCCUGACUUCAAUUAUCCACCGGAGUUCUACGAGAACACCGAAGAGUUGUGGAAAGAUCGCGGCGUGCAGCAGACCUACGAGCGAUCAAACGAAUAUCAAUUAAUUGAUUGUGCUAAAUAUUUUCUGGAUCGUGUUAGUGAAAUCAAGCAGCCUAAUUAUACUCCAACCGAGCAGGAUAUACUGAGAUGUCGUGUCCUCACGUCGGGUAUAUUCGAAACUAGGUUUCAAGUUGAUAAGGUUAACUUUCACAUGUUCGACGUCGGUGGGCAGCGGGACGAGCGGCGCAAGUGGAUCCAGUGUUUCAAUGAUGUCACCGCAAUCAUUUUCGUAACAGCGUGUUCCAGCUACAACAUGGUCCUGCGGGAGGACCCCACACAGAACCGGCUGCGGGAGUCGCUGGAGCUGUUCAAAAGUAUUUGGAACAAUAGAUGGUUACGAACAAUAUCCGUAAUAUUGUUCCUCAAUAAGCAAGAUUUGCUAGCAGAGAAAGUCAAGGCUGCCAAAAGCAAACUUUCCGACUACUUUAGUGAGUUCAACCGUUACCAGACGCCGGCGGAUGCCGUUUGCGAAAUGGGAGAAGAUCCCGAGGUGAUUAGAGCAAAAUAUUUCAUCAGAGAUGAAUUUUUGCGUAUAUCGACGGCGAGCGGCGAUGGCAAACACUACUGCUAUCCGCACUUUACCUGUGCGGUAGACACGGAAAACAUCAAAAGAGUUUUCAACGAUUGUCGAGACAUCAUUCAAAGAAUGCAUCUGCGGCAAUACGAGCUGUUAUAGAUAUACUUAACAAUUUCGAUGCAACCUGGUCGUCUCAUUUUAGUUGUGUCUACCGUAAAAAUAUCAAAUCUAGCCAAACUUUACUAAUUUUAUAAUAAAAACAAAUAUUGAUUAAUUAUUAAUCAAAA